CGUUCAACGGCCCUCUACACCGCUCCAAGCAACUCGCCCAGCCAGCCAGCCGUCUCUGCCCACCAGCCGCUCUCUGCCAUCCGUUUCUUUCGCCGCCUCAAGAUGCAAAUCAAGUCUCUGCUCCUGGCCACCCUCUCGCUCGUCGCUCUCGUUCGUGCCGACGCCGCUACCCAGGCUGCUGCCGACCAGGCCGACCAGCAGAUCCGCUUCUUGUCCCACGACCAGGUUGCCUCGGCGACCCACAACGGCACCUGGCUGCUGCUGUUCGGCCCCAAGUGGUGCGGAUACACUCAGAGAUUCACCCCCAAGUGGCUCCAGGUCCAGAACACCGUCGACCAAGAGCACCUCAACGUUAACCUGGCCAAGAUUGACUGCACCACCGAUGCCGACUUCUGCACUGGUGCUCCCUACCACGUCACCGGCUACCCCACCGUCAUUCUCGUCCGCAACGGCCAGGUUGCCCAGGAAUACCCCGGUGCCGAUGAGGUCCAGCCCCUCCUGGAUUACAUCCACCAACUCUGAAUUCUAAAUGGGAGCGACUUCGACCACUAGACCCCCUCCAAUGUAUCUACCAACUUGUACUUUCGCCCACCAUUGGCUGUUCCACUUGAUUCCUCCCUCGUCUUGAUUCCACCCUCACCGACUCUGUGUGAUUGUCACUGCUAUGUUGAUUUUGAUUCAUCCAACUCCUCACCCUGCGAACUGCAGAGGCCGCUUUGUAAUGUCCCGAAUGGGGUACGCUGUAGAUUGUUAACAAGAAAGCGCUGAUGCGAUCAAAACUAA